AUGCGUUCGCCUCGGGGGGCUCCCUGCAUUGCUUCCCUGCCUGUGUGUCUGUGCCUCAGACUGGCUACGCGCCUCUACGCGGCCGGGAGCAUCUUCGUCUGCGCACUGGCAGGUGCGUUGCCGCCGCUGCUGUUGCUGCAGAAGGAGCAGCGCGAGCGGCGCGCGCGCCGCGCAGGGGCGCUGGAGCCUCAGGAGGCAGGCACGGGCGCGGGCGGGAUAACGCCCGCGACCGCCAAGUACAUUCGCUUGAUCAUGUCCUUCACGGGCGGCGUGCUGCUCUCUGUAGGCCUGCUCCACCUGCUGCCUUCUGCGCAGCGCCAAAUUGCGUUUCAGCUGGCGCGCAGCGGCGGACUGGAGGCCGUCGACCCGCUCUCCAACCGCACGCCGAGCCCCGCAGCCGCUCCGGGCUCUGCGGCGCGUCGCCGCGGCGAGCGCGGGGAGGGCGUGGGGACGGCGACGGGCGCCGACGCGGGAGCCGCUGCUUCCCCCGGAGACAGUGAGAGAGACGCCGGCGACGGAGCGGCGCCGGCCGCUGAGGCCCGUGAGCCGCCUGGGACGCAGAAGACCUUUCCGUAUGCCUCGCUCUGCUGCCUCGUCGGGGUUCUUCUCGUCAUGGUGCUCGAGGCCCUGGCGGAGGCGGACCACGCACAUGCGCCGCACAGCCACAUUCACACGCAUGAGCACGUCCUAACGCACGUGCACGCAGAGAGGCGCGAGGUGCUCGAGAAAGACGAAGACCCCGAGCAGGACGAUGGCGCGCGACGCGGCCUGGCGGUCGCGUACGUCCCGCCGGCGCUGACGGAGACGCCGGGCGAUGGCGGCGGCAGCGACGGCGACCAUGGAGGCGAGGAGGAGGGACGCGAGUCGGGCGAGGACGGAGAGGCGAAGCGAGGCGCUCCGGCGCGGCAGAGCGCGAUGCCGGGGUCUGUGGAGGAUCUCCGAGCGGCUGCGAAGCCCGCAGGGCACUGCUGCCCGCUGUCGUGUGCGCCGUCGUGCUGCUUGGCCUCGCAUGCGUUGGUCGAGUCGGCGUCGCCCUGGGCCUCUUGCGUGCUCCCAGAGGCCGCCACGGAGGAGGCAGGUGCGCUUCUGCAUCCGCGCGCGUCCGCCGCCGACUGCCUCGCCCCGCACACGCCGUUCCUCUCGCCCAGUCUCGCGUCUUCGCGCUCGCCCUCGCGCGCGCUCUCGUGUCACUCGCUCCCGCCGCGCCCCUGCCUCGACGCCUCGGCGUCGCAGGCGCGCAGGCCGGCUGCCGCCUUUUCGACUGGGGGCGUCUUUCGCGGGCUUUUUCGUCGCUCGAGCAGCUUCAGAGAGGGCGACGGCAGGGAAGCCGCGCUGCAGGCCAAGCCGCCGCGCGCAGCCGUGUGCGGCAGGAGCGGCGGCCGGCGCCUGUACGCCGCGGGCUGUGCCGUGACUGCUGCCGCAGAGCUCAGCUGCUCCGCCGCUUCGUCGCCUCUGCUUUGUUGCCAGGACAAGCUCGAGCGGGAGGAUUCGGCGUUUCCUUGCUGCUUCGGCCGCCCGGGCGGCGAGGCAGGCCACAGCUGCUUUCCGCCGGACACGCGAUGCGAAGGCGACUGCGUCUGGUCGAGAGAGAGGCGCGUGUGUGCGGAUUCGCGAUGCACAGAGGAGUGCGAGAGAGACGGUCGCGCACCGUCACGCGUCGGUGCAGAGAGCGAAAAGGUGUGCGAAUGUCCUUGUGCUGGCGCAAGAGGCAUCGGGGGGGACUCCACUGAAGAGAGGCGGGGCGGACCGCCGCAACACUCAACGCACAUCCACACUCAGACGCCGCCAGGUUGCGCUUGCGAUCUCCGCCUUGUUGUCAGCGUGCCUCCCCGCAGCGACAGAGUGCCGAAACACGCGAUGCGCCAGUGCGCCUCGCCGUCGUGCGCGCGGCGGAGGCGCGAUGCACGAGGCGCAGAAGAGCUUCCUCUGGGCGCCAACGAGGACGGUGGUGAGGCGCAGGGCCGCGCACAGGAGAACGCGGGAGAGAGGACGAAACGAGGAGAAGGGAGCGACACAUAUCUUUCGUCGCAUUCGUCCUCGGAAGGAGAAAGCCAGGCGCGUAGAGGGCGCGAAUCACGAAGCGAGGCAUGCGCUUUGGACUGGAAGCAAGGCAAGCAGCGAGUACAGCGAGGAGAGGCCCUGAGCUACAGCCGCUCUGCAGAUGACCUGGCGCCGAACCGCGAGGGCGGCACUGCAAGACCCAGCGCAGAGGCAGGCGCGAGAGCGCCGCCUAGCCAACGCAGCGGGCGUCGCGCGGACAGGAGUGACUUCGAGGGGUACAGGAGACCCCGAGCGGGCGCGUGUGGGACCGGCGGCUCGUUUUUUCCUUCCGCAGUCUCGAGUCCCUCGCUCGUCUUUGCGCGCGGACGGAUUCUGUCGCGAACUAAGCACACGCACCGCCACUGCGUCCCGGGGAACUCGACGGGCGGCGCGGGCUCGAGCUCGUGUCUGUCGUCUCUCUCCUCCCCGCUGCUUGACUACGCGCCGUCUGCGGUCUCUGCGUCGCAGUGUGACUGCGGUCCUCUCUCGCCGCGCUCCGACGUGUGUUCGUACACCUCCGAGGUGUGCGAGGAGCGCGUCGGGUCGUGGGGGCGUGCGAGAGACGACGAUGGCAUUUUCCAUACCUUCGCGCUCCACAGCCACGAGCGGAGCGAGUGCUGCCAACGGAGCCACGCGCAGGGCGACGACUCGGUCCUCGACUUGGAGGCGUUCGGCGGCUCGCGGCGUCGCAGACGCUCGGGCGGACGCCGGUGUAUAUACACGCUGCGGCGGCGAUGUCAGCGGCUGUGCAACAGGAUGCAGCGCAUGUCCAGCAGCUGCGGCCGGUGCAGCCCCGGGACCGAGCGAAAUCGCCUGCUGCCGCCCUACGGCAGCAGCAGCACUAGCGCCACACUGGCGGAAGAAAUGACGCACGCCGGCGAGACGCCUGGGGCAAAGGAGUUCCUCGUUUCUGGCGUCCUCAUGCUUGCGCUCUCGUUCCACUCUCUCAUGGAAGGCGUGACUCUCGGCACCGCGCUGAGGCCGCAACUCGUCGCGUUCGCGGUCCUCGUACACAAGGGCCUCGAAAGCUUCGCGUUGGGAUCGUCGCUGCUGCAGGGGCAGACGAGCGUACGAACCUUCAUCUGGCAGAUGCUGCUCUUCGCGUCGAUGACGCCUCUCGGCGUGCUCGCGGGCAUCUCCAUCACGUUGUUGGCAGCCGACGGCUUGCCCGAUCCGGAUGCGGAUGCCGCCUCCCCUCCGUCGAUGCUGCAUUCGCUUGUCCCAGCGCUUUGCUCGUUUCUGCCGAUUCUACCCGGCAUGCUCACGGGGGUCGGCGCUGGGACCUUUCUGCACGUCUCGCUCCUUGAGUGCAUUGCGCCGCAGCUCAUGCGGUGCCGCGCCGAGGGAAAAGCGUCGCUUUUAUCGGUUAUUGCGGCGGUGUGUGUGGGCGCAUUGGUCAUGAUUAUGCUUGCGUGA